GCUUGCUCAGCAGUCACGCAGCCUCCAUCGUCAUUCCACCCUCAAUAGAUCUCACCUUGAUUACUUCUCUUCAUCUCUAGCUCAUCGUAUUGCAUCGCCACGCCACGCCACACAUGGCAAUGGCUACGGGACGCCAUCGGGCCUCGAGUCAAGCGGCCUCAUCGCCGACAAUGGGCUAUUACCACUCGCAGCCCACGCAGGCCGACAUGGAGUUGCUCGACUUGCUCACCAAGGAGGACUCAUCGUUUCCUCAUGCAACAGCGCGUGCAAGAUCUUCCUCCUCGGCCCUCUCCUCUCCUUCAUCCUCUACUUUCCCCUCUGGACCAGUCGUAGGCGGGAAGCAACGUCCUUUAGCCACCUUGGCAGCAUUACGCAGACCGCCAAUAGACCCAAUCAUUCUCGCAGCUAGUCUCUCCUCUGGCCCUCAUGUCACCAGGCAUCAUUUUCAUCAUACAUACGGAGACAAGGGGCACAGUAAGCAUUCACGGCAGAUGCCGGCUAGUCAGCGCAAGGAGAUUCAGGCAGGCAGAUUGGCAGGGAGUGGACAGCAGGACCAGCAUACACGCACACAUACACGCAAUGCUCGAUCGCAAUCUCUCACCGGCUCGUAUGCCAAUUGCGACCUAGAUGAUGGCGAGGACGAUGAAGGCUACGCUGCCGUCGCUGAGCCAUCACUGGCAGAGAAGUACCCGGAGCGGACACUCUACCCGAGCAAGCAAGCGCCGAGAAGUGUUCGUCUCAAAAUCGAGCAGGAGGCAGCAGCAGCAAAAGCCGCAGCAUUAGCAGCAGCAGCGCAGAGGGAGUCAGCGGGCGAGGAGAAGCCCGGUGAAAGCUCUAUGGCCGCAGCGCAUGCUGCUGAAGUGGCUCAAUCAGCUGGUGUCCGCGCCAGUGACGAGCAGCCGUCAGAUGAAGCACCCAACGCCAGCGCUCCUGUGACGAGCAAUGCCCGUCAAGAAGCGUCUUCCGGCACUCAAGCCCUCCUCCAGCAAGCUCUCUCUGAGCGGCAAGCAAUUGCCUCAGCCCCAACCACCCCUUCCCUCAACGGGGCGGCCAAUCCCUUCGCCCCCGCCCCACCAGCACCAGCACCAGCAUUAGCUCGCCUCUCCAGCAUCGUCCGCCCACCACCACUCAUCGUCCGCUGCUAUGCGCGCACGCGCAUCCCGACUCCCCACGGCGAGGUCUUCUGCCAUCUCUACAAGAACAAUCAUGACAAUAAGGAGCAUAUGGCUCUUGUAGUCGAUCCAGCGCAAAAUGAGCCCGACGUCAGCGUUGAAGAGCUGCUUGCGAGACGGGACGGCCCCAGACCGCUCCGAUCUCGUACUCUUGAUGAAGUGUGGGGGAGCGAGGAAACGGAUAUGGAGCGAAUUGUUCGUGGGGCCUACGUGGGGAGAUUGGGGCCGGGAUGCCAGGUCGCGAGCCACGGUGUCUUGCCUCCCAACAUGGGCGCAGACGAGUACGAGCCGCCGCUCGUGCGCAUUCAUUCGGAGUGCUACACGGGCGAGACCAUUGGGUCUCAACGUUGCGAUUGUGGCGAACAGCUGGACGAAGCGCUACGCCUCAUCCUCAGCAGCGGGGCGGGGUCGUCAUCGCCAUCUUCGCCGUCUUCGUCUUCUGCAGCAUCGCCACGCCGGCCUCGGCUCCCUCGUGGCGUCGUCGUGUACAUGCGACAAGAAGGUCGCGGCAUCGGUCUCCUCGACAAGUUGAUGGCGUACAACCUCCAAGACAUGGGCCACGAUACCGUCUCCGCCAAUGUUCUCCUCGGACACCUCCCCGAUGCACGCCGAUACAAUAUCGCCUCUGCCAUCCUGCAAGACCUAGGCAUUCAUCAGUGUCGCCUCCUCACGAACAAUCCUGAGAAGAUGGAGGCGCUGGAGAGCGAGGGUAUCCCAGUCAAGGAGAGGGUGCCUAUGGUGCCCAGAGCUUGGUUGCAGGAUGUGCAAAGAAAUAAACGGUCGAGGAAGAAUGGGCACAGGAGGAAGCGAAACGGGGCAAAGGAGGGCAAGCGUGAGCGACAGACCUCGGCCAAGUCCACUGCGUCCUUGUCGUCAAAGUCAGCAAAGCACAAUCGCGUAGCGGCCCUCGCAUCGCCUCACUCUGACCUCUCCCGGUCCAUCCUAUCACAAGCAGCCUCACUUGAUGGACACGACGACGACGAGGAGGAUGCGGACGACCCCCAUAGUCUUGGCUGCCGGCAUCAAGGCUCAGACGUCGAGGACGAGGAUGACUCCGACUACGACUCGGAGUCAGAGGAUGGCGACGAGUACGAGCAGCACCUCCUCCGCUCGGGAGGCGCGACCAUGAUUGGCAGCUCGGCCACGCGGAGUGUGGAGCUGGAGCGUUACUUGCGGACGAAGAUUGAGAAGAUGGGGCACCUUCUCGAUUUACCACCGGGUCAAGGGAGCGGCACGAACUCGCCCGCUCCGCACACAAAGGGCGGUAACAAGGAAAGCAAGGGUGGCUCUGCUACUCCAGCUUCGGCAGGUCGCCAACGCGAAGCGACGGGUGAGAGUGAGCCGGCUGUGGCCGGUGGUGGCGCGGAAGAGGACGACGGUCAUCACACGGGGACGGAAUCGUUGCUUGAUGAGGAGGAGCUGCGCAGGUUGGCAAUCGAUGAUGAUGAGGCGGGUGCCCACGCGGCUGCCUAGAGUAGACCUGCUGGCAUCGUCUCACGUCUCGGAGAAGUCUUCUUAAGGGCCUCUGUAGCAACGCAUCGCUUCACUAUCGCUUACCACUCGGACGCCGGACACUACCGUCCUCUCUUCCCUUCUUGCUGUCAUGCUCUCGUUCGAACGUGCAACCUCCAUUCAUAGCG